UUCAUGUCUCUCCAUCCACACCAAUUUUCUACCCAUUAUACCCAAGAAAACAAAGGUUAAUUAUGGGGCCAUUCCAACUUCAGUUUGCACUAAUUUGUUUCUUAGCUAUUGUCAUGUUUCACAGCACCCACGCACAAAACUCCCAACAAGAUUACUUAGAUGCUCACAAUGAGGCACGUCGUGAAGUAGGUGUUGAAAACAUGGUAUGGAACGCGACUGUGGCUGCGUAUGCUGAGAGCUAUGCUAACCAGAGGAUUGGGGAUUGUAACCUCAUCCAUUCUAGUGGACCUUAUGGCGAGAACCUUGCGGAGGGUGGUGGUGCAUUCACAGGUGUUGAUGCUGUGAAUUUAUGGAUAGGUGAAAAAACAUUUUAUGAUCAUAGUAGCAAUACAUGUGCUGAAGGAAAUGAAUGUGGGCACUAUACUCAAGUGGUGUGGCGUAAUUCUGUUCAACUUGGUUGUGCUAGGGUUCAGUGCGUCAAUAAUGGUUAUUGGUUCGUUAUUUGCAACUAUUAUCCUCCUGGAAACUACGUUGGCGAGUCUCCUUACUAGGGAAUUAUAUAUUUGAUAUAUGUAUGGCUUAUACGAUAUACGAAUAAAUAAACAUGCAUUUUCAGUUGCAAUAAUUAACGAUGGAGCUUGAAAUGUUAAUUCCUUUUAAGCGAAUCAUCUCAUAUUCACAAUGCUAAUGCAUUUUUUUUUGUUA